UCAUGUGAUAGUGAUUGAUGAGGAGGGCGCGCGUGCUCCAAGCAUCCUCAGUGGGUUUGGACGUUCUCUCCUGCUCUGACGUCCCAACGUCAUGAGUGACUCCGUCGACGGUGACGAUGUUGAUGGAGCCUUGGAUCCACGAAUUCAGAUUGAACUUGAAAAUCUCAACACUGCCACAGAUGAAAUCAACCGAUUGGAAAUUGCUUUGGAUGAAGCCAACACAACAUUUCGAAUAUUGCUGAACGACUGCACAAGAAGAUUAAAGAAUAAAUCAAAAAGUUUAGGGAGUUGUGUUGAGAAAGCUCGUCCUUACUAUGAAGCUCUAGAGGUAGCUAGACAAGCCCAGUUGGAAUGUCAGCAAGCCGCUGUUCAUUACCAGCGAGCUAAUGAAAUCCAUGCAGCUGCUAAGGAGACUGUAGCUCUUGCUGAAGCACGGUUUCUGAGCAAACAACAUGAAUGGCAAUUUGACAAUGCAUGGCAAGAAAUGUUGAAUCAUGCAACACUCAAGGUGAGAGAUGCUGAAACUCAAAAGGCUGAAAGUGGGAGAGAACAUCACAAAAGAGCAAUGCAUUUUAAUGCGUCUGAGCAAAAGGUUCAACAACUAGAACAGCGCCUCCAUCGUCACAUAAUCAAAUCACGGCCUUAUUUUGAUGAGAAGUCCUUCUGUAAUGAACAGCUAGCUUCUCAGAAAGAACGGGUAGAAGUCCUUCAAAGCCAAGUCUCUGCUGUGAAAGGGGCCUAUGCUGCUUCCCUUAAAGAACUUGAGCGUAUUUCUGAAGAGAUCCACUGCAAAAGAAAUAAAAAUAAACAAAUUGAAGCAGAACAAGAACCACCUUGCGGUCCAAGAGAACCAGGAGUUGGAGCAGAGCUUGAACCUGUAUUUUGUGAAACUCCUGCUCCAAAUGAUGAGAUUUUAGACAAUACAUCACAAGUUCCUGAAAAAGCCUCAGAAAUACAAGCCAAUGAAAACCCCAUCACUGAAGAAAAGAAUGUCUUGGCUUCUGAAGGAAGCAGUCAAUCUUCAUCACCAGCUAAACCAACCCUAUCAUCACAACCAAGAUCUAACCUUACUGCUUUACCUUUGUUGGAUAACUUAACGCAACUGAAGAAUUCAAAUGAGUCGCCUUUGAAUAAUCCAAGUCCAUCUGUUCUUAAUCUACCUGCUUCUUCUGAAAUUUUUCAUCGAAGCAAUACGUUUGAAGAUGACUUUGGCAUGGAAUGUAAGAUAGCAAGUGAAAGAGAAGAGGCAUACAACCAUGCAUUACUGAACCAUUUGAUGGAGAACUAUGAAUCUGAAUUAGACCGCUGUGAUAUGACAAGUUUGAGUGGCAUGUCAGCAGCAACAGGGUCCUCUGCUGUCAGUGAGAAAGAUGAAACUGAGUGUUACCUUGAUGAGGAACUGGAUGACCUGCCUGAGCAAUUUCGUGCUAUCUCGAUGGAUACCUCCCUAAGUAUGUCAAGAAAAAGAGAUACUACUGGGCGACCAUUUAGUUUGCCUGGAUCGUCUGCAGGCAGCAGAAACCAAUCAGCCAACCAGAGUCCAGUGAAAAACGUACUUUGUACAAACAGCUCUGUACCGAACUCAAAAAGCUGCAACAAUAUUAUGGGCAAAGCAGCAGACUCAUCGGUGUUGAACUAAAUCUGAUUGUAAGUUAUUCUUACUGCAAUAAGUAUGUCCCACCGCUACUGAACCAUUGUCAUUCAGAGUGAGCAUGACUGUGUAGGUAUUGCCAUUUUAUGCUGCCAUGACUAAGACCUGUGAUAAAAUAUGUGUAAACUUUUAAAAUUUAUGCAAGCAGUGAGAAUAGUGUGGAUCAUUUGAAUGAUUUGCAAUAUUUUUAGUAACAUCAUACUAUUACUCUCCAUGAUUUUAAUUGCAUUCUGCUCAAAAUUUAUAUUCUUCUGUUACACUUUUGGAAGGAAAGGAAUCAAAAAUUGAAAAGAAUUCUUGUUAUUGCUAUAAUUUGUUUAAAACAAUCUUACCCUUUUUUAUGUACAGCAUGUAGAAUUUGGUACAUAGGAGUUGUCCUACUUUUUUUCUGCCAUGAAUCACAAGUUAUCUACUGCAUAGGUGUAUCUUAAGUACAAAGAGUUUUGAUUUAAGAAUCAUGACAUGUAUGUAGGACUUUCAUGAACUAGUUAGCAACAGUUAUUGGAUUAGAGUAUGAAUGCACGUACUUGAAGUUUCACCUUGAUAGCUGCUAUCUCUUCUGAUCUAGUUAGUCAUUUUAUCUUACCAUUUUCAAAAUGAUAAUGCUUUAUGUGAAGACAACGGACUUUAACGUAUUAUGGAGCCGAGUAAAGAACCUCCUCUUUAAGUCGUCAGACACUGAAUUUGGCAACUAAAUGAUUUUUGUUUAUUUUAACAUUGCUGUUUUUUUUUUAUUGUUUUUGUGUAGGUGAACUUGGUUUUGUUCCUUUUUUAUCUAAUUUAUUGCAACCGUAUCAAUGUCUUGUACAAUUACGCUAAACAUGUUUGUGCAGUUCACAAUAAUACUUACUUGCCUUGAGACUAGUGUUUGGUCCUUUCCUUUGAUUGUAAAAUGAGUUUUGUUGUCAUUGUAUUGUGGCAGCCAUGUUAUCUUUUAAUCCCAUUUUUGGGCGCAAUUUUUGAUCUGCCUUUGGUAGUGAUAUAAUGGUCCAUCAUGUAUAUGGUGGUAAGGUAGUAGUGCUAUUGUGAUUAUUGUUAAUUGUAUUUUAAUGGAUAGACCCUUCAUGUAGGACUUUGACUUCCUUGCCUUUGAGUCCUCUACCUUCAUGCAAACUGUGCUUGAGAUCAUUUAAUAUGCAACUCAUUUUCAAAAAUUUCUAUUUGCCUUUAUUAUGCUGAACUGAGACAUUUACUUUGUGAUAUCAACUCAAGUGGUUGUGAGUUCUAAUAUACAAAACCAAUUUUUCUUGGUGUAAGGUACUAUUUGCUGUAGCACAGUAAAGUUGUACUGUUCAGUGUUCAGUACAUUAGUAAAAGCUCAAUGUACAAUUUGCAUGUUUGAUAUUUCUGUUUAUUGUGUUUUAUGACUGAACUUAUGCUACCAUCAAACAGUAAAUUUUGCUAUUCCUGUAAAAAUAUAAAAUACUGUAGUUUUCAUCUAUGUGUUGUGACAAUGGUUGGUAUUUUAAGAUUGAUCCUAGAAGAGAGUCUAGGGUCAUUCACUCUCACAUAGUUUUAAGGGACUAAAAGAUGAACAAAUUCAAAAUGUAUUGAGAUUAGUGGUACUGGGGAUUGGCAUUUUGCUUGUUGUGCCAGUUGUGCCAUCUAGUAUGUGAUACAGAUAGUGAGCGGCUACAUUUCGGACAGAAAUUGUUAUUAUUUUUGCUUUUAAAAACCUCUAAAGACAUUUUUGUAAUUCCAUUAUCUUGUUUUAAAUGCUAUUUACCUGUGGAAUGCUGAAUCCCAUAUUGUGAUGUUGUAUUUAUUUUUGUGCUGGGAGCAAGUAGGUUUGAUUAACUUAAUAUUGUAUGCAUUACUAUCUUACUAUUUGCAAGCAUCGUUAUUUGUUAUAGCUGGUUAUAGCUUUAAUAUUUUUUCUGUAUUACAAAAUGUAUGGAAAGUAUCCUCUGAAAAUUAAGAUUUGUUGAAUGUUAAUAUGAAAUAUUUUGGAAUUUGUUGAUGGGUAUGGGUUGGAGUCUGGAAAAUCGUUUGCUUCUACUUUAAUAAAUACAAUAUUUAUUAAUAAAUGCUUAAUGAACGACUGCAA